AAAUAACUGUCCCUUUAAAAUUUUUCAUAGCUGAGAAGUUUUCUAAACUCAUAAAUAAAACGCAAUUAAGGCAGGGUUGUUCCGGUAAACAAUCAUGGAGAUUGAUGAUUUUAAGGAAGAUAUAGGCAUAAUAGAGAUGAAUGAAAAUCAACUUCUUUUCGAGAUAGAAUCGGAUGAAGCACAGAAUGGAUUACAAAUGGAAAUAUCUGACUUGGAAGUUUCAAAAACAGUUUUUGUAGAUAUUGGGGGUCGUUCUAUCAAUACUAUAAAUUGUACAGAAGCAAAACCAAUGUUUCCUAUUUGUCGCGCAUGGUUACAAAAUGAAAAAAAAUCGCUCAAUACCACAAAAGAUAAUGAAAUUCAAAUUAAACAGGAGGAUAAUGGAGAGGAAAUGUGUAUAUCAGCGCCAAAGCAAGGUAUCAAGACUGCUGUUCCUCCACCGUAUCCACAAAAAGAACUGAGUCGUGCAGAUUCGUCAAAUGUUAAAGAACUGUUGGAAGAGUUUGUACACCGUGGGAAGAAAGUGAAAAGGGAGUGGAUAAAACAAAGAUCAAUGUAUAAAGCACAAUUUAAGAUUAACGAGCAAAUUUUAAAAUUUGUCGACAGGAAAGAAUCUUUGAAAGAAUAAAAAGCAUGUCUUGCUUGUAAUAUAUAUUCGUGAAG